UGCAAUUAGUCCAACUUGAACUGCUCGUCCAAAAUGUCUUGCCAAAUCAGAGUCGUUCCUCUGGCUAUCCUUGUCCUAGUGCUGGUGUCCUCUCUGGAGGCCAAUCUCAGGACUCGUGCCUUUUCUUCAGGAGUGACCACAUACGACAAGCAGUUUAGUUCCAGAAUUAUUGGUGGAGAGAUCUCUGCAGUAACUGCAGCUCCCUGGCAGGUUUCGUUGCAGAAUCCUUAUGGAAACCUUUUCUGUAGCGGUGUUAUUAUCCAUGAUCAGUACGUUCUCACGUCGGCCAGUUGCGUGAGCGGACUCCGGGAGAGCUAUAUUAAGGUGGUUACUAGCACUGAGAACAAUUGGGGCCUAGCUGGCUGGCUGUACGAGGUGGAGAAGAUCAUCACCCACUGCAACUUCGACAAGCCCCUGUACCAUAACGACAUUGCCCUGCUUAAGACCAAAACCCUCUUCGCCUACGACGAGGUAACCCAAAACAUUACCCUUGCUCCGCUGGAGGACUUGGUGGAGGGCGAGAAGCUGACCAUGUACGGCUGGGGCAGCACCGAGAUCGGCUCGGACUUCUCCUGGGAGUUGCGCCAACUGGACCUAACGUAUGUGCCACCCGCGAAGUGUAAUGCCACCUACGGCGGCACAUCCGAUCUGGACUGGGGCCACCUCUGUGCCGUGGGAGGCGUGGGUGCCGGAGCCUGUCACGGAGAUGCCGGAGGAUCGCUGGUGGACAGCAAGGGGCGCCUGGUGGGCGUGGGCAACUGGGGUGUGCCCUGCGGCUACGGAUUUCCCGAUGUCUUUGCCCGGGCCAGCUUCUACUACAGUUGGAUUGAAUCUGCGAUUAAUGGAUGUGCUAUUGUUUAAAAAAUCAAUAAAGAGUUGUAAACUUUGUGGUCGGACUUUGGUAUCAGCGAAGUGAAGAGUCAUUAUCACAAUAAAAAUCAAAUGAUAUUUGAUUUCCAAUUAAGUUCUCUACUACUAAGUACUAGAUAUCUAAAUACUUUUCAUUCAUUUCGGGAAAAAACCAAGACAGCAGCACUCAAAAUAUAAGAUCUUCUGCCAACGAUAAUCCCAUUAAUUGUGUCAAAGUCCAAUAGCCAAUGAUUUCAUAUAUUUUACUGGAAGUAAUUGAUUAAAGGAAAAUAUCUUGAUAAUCUGUAGACCA